CUUCCUUCCAAAUAAAUACAAAUUUUAAAAAUGGUCUUAGGAAUGUUUGCUGUUUUGCACAUGCACAUGGACGUUUUGUUUGUUUUGUGCCUAAGUGGGGCUUUGAGGCCUCUUCGGUUGCUUUCUGUGUGUCACUGGCAGUAGACACUUGAGCAUCUGAGGUCCCCUGCUAAGCGACGCUGUUGUUACACAACAGUCCAGACUGUGUGCUGCGGUUUCAUGUUACAGGUUAUCUGAGCAUUGGAGGCCGUUUUUAAAGCUGCCCUGCCAUGCGUGGGGACGCAGCAGGAUUACAGCCAAGACUUCCCUGCACUCUGCCAAAAUCUGUGGCAGAUUGAAGACACAUGCUUCUGCAAGCUUCCAUGAAGAUUGUUAAAAAAAAGUUGUAAUCCAGAGUUGGGAGUUUUGAACUUUCUUUCUGGAGAAUGCUUUUUGAACCCAUUUGCUCUAUCUGCUUGAUGCCAAUUGCUUAGUGAUCCAGGCACCUUAAAGUAUUCAGAAUGUACCGAGAGUGGGCAGUGGUGAACCUCUGUCUGUUGUCUUACAUCCAGCUGCUGCACGGCUCCGUUGGCCACGCACCUUCAAAGCAAUCAUCCCAGUCAAUGUUAGAAUGGUCUGAACAGCAAAUUAGGGCUGUUUCGAGCUUGGAGGAACUGCUGCGCAUCACACACUCUGAGGACUGGAAGCUGUGGCAAUGCCGGCUUAAGCUCAAAAGUGUCAGUGCUGGGGACUCCCGCUCAGCCUCUCAUCGCUCCACCCGGUUUGCGGCAACUUUCUAUGACAUUGAAGCACUGAAAGUCAUAGAUGAGGAGUGGCAAAGAACCCAAUGCAUUCCCCGAGAGACGUGUGUGCAAGUGGCCAACGAGCUGGGAAAGAGCACCAACACCUUCUUCAAGCCGCCCUGUGUGAACGUGUUCCGCUGCGGUGGCUGCUGCAACGAAGAGAGCCUCACCUGCGUGAACACAAGCAUGUUGUAUGUGUCUAAACAGCUCUUUGAGAUAUCGGUGCCUUUGACAUCUGUACCUGAAUUAGUGCAUGUUAAAGUUGCCAACCACACGGGUUGUAAGUGCCUGCCAACAGCCCCACGACAUCCAUAUUCAAUUAUCAGACGAUCCAUCGAGACCACAGAAGAAGAUGGCUGUCCACAAUUCAAGAAACUCUGCCCUAUUGACAUGCUGUGGGAUAGCAACAAGUGUAAAUGUGUCUUACAGGAAGAGAAGCCACUUGCUGGAACAGAAGGUCACUCUGGUCUCCAGGAAAGUGCCCUCUGUGGGCCACACAUGAAGUUUGAUGAUGAGCGUUGUGAGUGUGUCUGUAAAACACCAUGUCCCAGAGAUCUCGUCCAACACCCAAAGAACUGCAGUUGCUUCGAGUGCAAAGAAAGUCUGCAGAGCUGCUGCCAGAAGCACAAGAUAUUUCAUCCAGACACCUGCAGUUGUGAGGACAGAUGCCCCUUUAACACCAGAACAUGUGCAAGUGGAAAACCAGCGUGUGCAAAGCAUUGCCGCUUUCUCAAGGAGAAAAGGGCUGUUCGGGGACUCCCAAGCCAAGAAAAUCCUUGAGCUGACCACCUGGCUUCAAGUUCCCCAGCCCUGUCACCUUAAACAGCAUGCUGCUUUGCCAAGUUCCUGCCAUUGUUGCCCUGCCCACUAAACAGGCCCCCAGGUGUUAGGAAAAACAUCUGUCUUGCAUAGUGCCAUGGUGAAGCCAGACCAACCUUCCAACAUGCCCGUGGGGGAGUCCCUGCUUCAUUGACACAUGCCAUCUAGUUGGGAAUGUCAGCACACCGAGGGGUGUCGGGAGAGAGGUCUGAAGAACCCUUCUUUGACUAACUGACAGAUUGGCUUGGCAUGGAAUGGUAGGAGCCGCACAGCUGGUUACUCGGGGCAGCCAAGGAAAACAUCACUCCCCGGGGCCCAUCGAUACAUGCAGCCCUUUGGCGGAGUGUUCCUGUGCAGAACCUGAGACUUUCUAAUGCUGGCCAGCUUGCAGCUUUCUAGUUUAGUGAUUUACUGUUUGAUGUUUCAUAUUUAAGUGUAUUUAAAGGAAAUAAACAUCAUUAUUCAAG